AAAGCCAUUAUCUUUGAGAUUUGUCGAUUUAAAGAUAUUUUCAUAAAACUUUUUCAACUGUGAAGAUGUCUUCCUCUUCUCUUUUUAUUUUGGUGCUUUUAUUUUUCUGUAUUAAUUUUUCUGCAAGUGAAAUUGGUCCUAUUGAUGGAGUGAUAAUUGUGGAUCAUGGAUCAACUUUCAGUGAAGCCAGUACCAUGCUAAAUGAAUUUGUGAAGAUGUUUAGAAACAAAACUGGAUACAAGAUUGUGGAGCCUGCUCAUCUGGUAUCUGCAAAACCGACUAUUGGAGAUGCUUUUCAAUCAUGUGUUCAACAAGGUGCGCGUCGCGUUAUUAUCAAUCCAUUUAUCCUCUCUUUUGGGAAGGAUUUUAGUGAGACUAUUCCUUCUUUGAGUGCAGAAGCUGCAAAACAACACCCCGGUGUGUCUUACAUCAUUACUCCACCACUCGGACUCGAUCAACUAUUUAUUGAUGUUGUGAAUGAUAGGGUCAAUUCUUGUUUGAAGUCUGUUGGUGAAGAUUCAAAUGAGUGUUCAGUUUGUGAUGGGAAUGGAAAAUGCAAUCUCCGUCCCUAAGUUUAAUGUUUAUAUGUUGGCUAAUGAGACACAUUUGUUAAAUCAUUGGGGACUAAAAUGAUGAAUAAAUACUAGAGACUUUUUUCGAAAGAUGAAUUGAGAAAAAAUUAUGGUAUACUGUUUUUCUUAUUUUUAGAAUCAAUGCAGGACGGAAUAAUAUUUAAAUGAGUGUUUAAAAUUUAAAUGUUUAAUUAUUUUUAAGUUUAUUGGAGUUUGUUAGAGAUGUAUAUCUUUUGAGUUAAUAUUGGUGUA